CCUAUUGCCAUCUGGUCACACUGCUUUGCUGGCUCAUUCGCACUAGCACAACAAAAACAAAGCGUAACAAUAAUCAAAAAAGAAACUGAAUCCGCUCCUAAACACGAAUAUUCUAGUUUCUUUCUUCAAAGGGUGAAGUGAGUGCUUUUUUUUCGUAUUUUCCUGUCUGGGGCUGUCCAGCUGUGUGAUUGCGCAAUCGAAAGCGCCCCAACCCCCGCGCCAACCACCUCAGCUCCAUUCCAGCCCAGUGUGUGUUUGUUUGUGUAUGUGUGUGCGUGCGAGUGACAGUGCUAGUGUGUAAACAACAACAGUAAACGGUAAAACAGAGGAACCGGAGGAGAUUGAUUGGAAGAGUGGAGACUUUUGAUGGGCAACUCGCAACCAAGGCAUGAGAGCAGAAGGACACCGCAAGGCACUCAAGAAGCAGCGGAACUGAGCGAGCCGCUGGAGCAGCAGCAACAGCAACAACAGCAGCAGUCAGAAGAGCAACAGAGACAGCAGGCGACGUCAUCGAUAACCUUUGGCUGCGGUGGCAGCAGCAGCAGGAGAUCCCAGGCGCAGAUCCAAACCCAAUCCCCACCAGCUGUCGCAGUAGAAGCGGAUUCGCAGUCGGCAGCAGCAGCAGAGGCGCAACAGCAGCGGCAGCAGUCACACCAGCAACAGCAGCAGCUUUCCACGUGGAGUCUUGGCAGUCUUGGCGGCGGACGACUCACCUGGAGCUUCUCCGCGGCCCGCAACUCCUUCCGCCACCGGAACAAGGCCACCCGCAAGAGCUUGACAUCGCUACAUGGCUCUAGACGCAGCAAGACGCACUGGCAUCGACCUCUGACCAAUUCCAUCUUCAACUCGCACUUCAAGGAGUCCAGCCGGAACGAACAGUUUCGUCUUGAGCAUCUGGUGGCCAAGGGUGCCUUUGGUGUGGUCUUUAAGGUGUGCGACAAGAGCGAUAGCAGUGCCUGCUACGCCCUCAAAGUGCUAAAGAAAUCAAAGCUUAUAGAGGACAACAGUGUGCGUCAGAUUAAGGACGAGGCGGAUAUCCAAAAGGUGUGCGGUCACCAUCCGUUUAUUGUGAAGCAGAUUGAUCUGUGGCAAAACCGACACAACCUGCACAUCCUUUCCGAGUAUGUACCAAAUGGUGAAUUGUUCUCCAAGAUAGGACACUUCUCCAUUGACCUGGUGCGCUUGUACAUUGGUGAGAUUGCUCUUGCUCUGGACUUCCUUCACAACGCCGGCAUUAUCUAUCGUGAUGCCAAGCCGGAGAACAUUCUGCUAACGCAUCAAUUUCACGUCAAAUUGACCGACUUCGGCCUCAGCAAGUGGCUCAAACUGGGGGCCAACACGCGCACCAUGUGUGGCACUUUCAAAUACAUGGCACCGGAGAUUCUGUGCGGCGAACCUUAUGGCCAUGCAGUGGACUGGUGGGCCUUGGGCGUCAUUGCCUGCCAGAUGCUGACUCAGAAGUCGCCCAACAUUAAGCGCCAUCUGAUGCGUCGCCGUCAGGAGAGUGUGGUGCAGGAGGAGGAACGCCUCUCCAAUGCCCCAUCCAUUGCCCAGAUUAAUGGCUGCCUCCAGGACAGCGAUGAUGGCGAGAGCAAUAGUGGAGAUUUCUUGCCCGAGGCAGUGAACAGUCUCAGUCACGAAGGGCAGGACGUGCUCCGGCAGCUGCUGGCCAUAGAACCGCGUCAGCGUAUCCGCAGUGUGAUGGCGCUGCAGAGGAUAGCCCUUUACAAGGGCUACAAGCUGAGUGCCAAGCGACUCCUCAGUCUCUCACCGCGAGAUAUCAUUGCCCGGGAUGGCAUCCGGGUGUAUGAGUACAAUCAGUUCGAUCAGGCAACCAGCCAGUGUGCCAUCAAAGCAUUCCAGAACUUCUAGUUGGGCACCAUCUAGGAAACCACUUUCAGCCAUAUAUUGCCAAUUGUGUUGGUAUUAUUUUCAACGGUAUUUGCUUUUAUUAAAUUUUAUUUAGUCAUUUCAAUGAACAAUUAA